AUGGUGGGUUCCAAAGCAAUUCUUGACCGACCUAUGUACUUUGAAGAAGGGGGUGGAGUCAGAUCAUUGAAAGCACAAAAUAGAGAACUCGCUCUUUGGUUACCUCAGCGGAACUCGGGAUCUUAUCAAGCCAUCACCGACUACAUGAAAUUCAUGUUGGGAAAAUUUGGCACGCGUGCAGUCUAUCCUACUAGUCCAGAGCCAUCUGAAAUUCAUUUGCUCCCCGACUUAGACUCUGGGACCAUUCCGGCCGAUUCAAGUGUUUUUGGUUUGCAUCUCGAGCCGCCCAGUCCGUCCCAUCAAACAAUCAAUCUCUUACCUCGGCAAGACGCCUCUUGGAUCACAUACCGGAGAAUAUUUCUUCAAGAUCUAACUCGAUUCGGUAUUCCACGUGCCACCCUGGCUUGGGAGUCACCGGUGACCUUUCCUUGGAACAAGAUGAUGCUGGCGUUCUUGGUGAAGCACUGGCGAUGGGCGAUGUCGCAAGGUGCAUUCUCUCGAUAUUCCGUUGAUUCUACAUAUUCCACCGAUGCGAUAUGUCAAGCUGCAAUGGAAAGAUGGUUUCGAGGGAGAGUGAGCAAAGAAGGAAAAUAUCGCAGCAGGAAAAUGAAAAAUCAGAGGCGAGCUACAAUUUUUUGCUAUCGCCAAGAUGCUUUAGAGGAGUUUUGCGAACUCGAGGAUAGGGACCUUCUUUCCACCGCCUUAAGCUUCCUCCCCAGUGCUAGCUGUUGCUCGGAUACCGAGGACGACGGACCUGGGAAACCCCGCGCUGUAGGCAUGGUUUGGAGAAGUCAGGAAUACUCUGAGCUUCUGCAUCUACUAGAUUCUCUUUCCUUCAACCAGCAGAAGGCUUUGCACGGGGCAAGGUGGGGGCCUCGCCGGCUUGACAUGAGGAGAGGUUCACCAAUUAAAACCUCAUCUCGUGGUAAAGUUCCCCGUAAUCUUCCAUCCAAUUGUUACUGUCCAGUUUGGAAGGAAGCGUUUGGAGAGAGUCAUAAACAGCUCUUGACUCAAAAGGCGGCCAGCCCGGCUCUUCCUUUGCUGAUUUCAAAAAUUCGCUCAAUUGUCUAA